GCAGACCUAGAUAUCUGGUGACGAGGCGAGAGUGAGGCGAGAGUCGUCACUGAGGUAAGAGCGAGCGACACGUCCAGAGUGCUGCAGGAAGCGUUCAUCAUCGUGGCUGUCGUUCAAAAAGUCUUCUAGGGACUCAUUGCUCAUAUUUACUGUUUUAACCCAGGAAACAAGACAAAAUGAAACACGUAAGGUGAAAGAAGAAUGAAACAAGAAUGAAGAAAUGAAGAAGGAAAUAAAAAGUAGAAAGAAUAAAUGAGGGAAGAAGAUGAUAAACACAACAACAGGUAGCAAGAAGAGACGAGACGUGGCCACCGAGGAGAACAACAACAAGAUGCGGUGAGUCAUCACAACACUAACAAAGCUUGAGAUUAGCACAAGAUUACAAGAAGAGGUACUCAGGUGACCAUCACUGAAUUAGUAUACGAGGGAAGCAGAGGUCACCGGAAGCAGAUGAUGUGGACAACACGGACAGCCGGCACACCAUAGGAACCGCCGCCUCCUUGUUCCUGAUUAGAAGAUGCGAUUACCAAAGCUACUCGAGAAUGAACCUUAGUGAAAGUUAAGGGAAAAUAAACUGUAUGAUCGAAGUAUGGGAAGAAAAAUAUAGUUACUUGAAAAUGGAUCUUGCGGAAAGUAUAGGAAAAUGAACUGUAUGAUCAAAGUAUGAGGAAAUAAAUAUACUUACUCGAAAAUUAACCUUAUUGAAAGUUACAGGAAAAUGAACUAAAUGAUCGAAAUAUUGGAAAAUAAAUGUUAUAACAACGGAAGCCUUGCUGGGGCAAAAGGUUGCUAUAACAUCACGUGUAUAUUACAAGGUGUAGGAGACGGGAAUAGACAGAAACAGACAGAGAGACAAGCUAGACAGAGCUGUCAGACCAGAGAGGGUCAGGAUGGGCAUAAGGUGCCACACAGUUGCAAUGCAGUCACAGUAAAAUGUUGGUGUUAUAUAUUGACAGAGAGGGAUUGGGUAGGUGUGGGAUGUGUUCCUCAUUGAAUAUUAGCUGCCAGGUUUGUGUAGGAUGUGAUUUAUCAGUGAGUGUUAAAUAUGUGAAAUGAUUUGAAUCGGAAGUGUAAUGUGAAGUGUUCCAGAUAUUUAAUGGUAUUUAUCUGAAGAGAGAUGAAACUAUUUUCGUAGAUUUUCGUUGUUGUCGGAAGUCGUAUAUGAUCGUCUGAGUGUAAAUAUAUGUAAAUGACACAAAUUAGGUAAAAAUUAUAGAAACUUAAAGCGUUCCCUUGAACCCACAAAUGCCAGUCUUAUAGAUUAGGGACGCACCAACACCGUGCAACAUAGAAACACGACAUUACAGCGUGGCGGCGCCAGUGACAGUGAUGUGUGUUGCAUCACUCACAACAGACAGGACAGUAUCUCAUCAAUAAGAGGACCACACCUCGGUGAGGAGCAUUUGUCCCAUCACAGAUCUGAGAGGAGCAAGGAGGCGGAGUGUGACGCGCAUUGUGGCACCAACACAGAGGCAGGCAGCCUGAAGGAAGGCCAGCAACACAGAGGCAGGCAGCCUGAAGGAAGGCCAGCAACACAGAGGCAGGCAGCCUGAAGCAAGGCCAGCAACACAGAGGCAGGCAGCCUGAAGGAAGGCCAGCAACACAGAGGCAGGCAGCCUGAAGCAAGGCCAGCAACACAGAGGCAGGCAGCCUGAAGGAAGGCCAGCAACACAGAGGCAGGCAGCCUGAAGCAAGGGCAGCAACACAGAGGCAGGCAGCCUGAAGCAAGGGCAGCAACACAGAGGCAGGCAGCCUGAAGGAAGGCCAGCAACACAGAGGCAGGCAGCCUGAAGCAAGGCCAGCAACACAGAGGCAGGCAGCCUGAAGCAAGGCCAGCAACACAGAGGCAGGCAGCCUGAAGGAAGGCCAGCAACACAGAGGCAGGCAGCCUGAAGCAAGGGCAGCAACACAGAGGCAGGCAGCCUGAAGCAAGGGCAGCAACACAGAGGCAGGCAGCCUGAAGGAAGGCCAGCAACACAGAGGCAGGCAGCCUGAAGGAAGGCCAGCAACACAGAGGCAGGCAGCCUGAAGCAAGGCCAGCAACACAGAGGCAGGCAGCCUGAAGCAAGGCCAGCAACACAGAGGCAGGCAGCCUGAAGGAAGGCCAGCAACACAGAGGCAGGCAGCCUGAAGCAAGGCCAGCAACACAGAGGCAGGCAGCUUGAGCCAUGGACGACAACGUGGAGGAGUGUCCAGUGUGCCUCACCACCUUUGACGACACCCUCAGGCGGCCACACAACCUGCCCUGUGGCCAUACAGUGUGCUCGCCGUGCAUUGACGGACUGAAGCAGCAGGGUGCCGUCACGUGCCCCACCUGCCGGGCGAGUCACGCCGUGCCCGAGGCGGGCCAGUUCCCCAUCGCCUAUGCUGUUGAGGGACUGGUGAGGAGGCUGAGGGGUGCGGGACUGGCCUCUCUGCCAGCCGAGCCAGGGAAGCAGACAGCCCCACCAGUGACACGGCCUGCACCAAAGGCGACAACGGGACUCAGCAAGAGGGCACAGUCCCUGCUGCAGGAGCAGGAAGCGAAUGUCCUGGCUGCCAUCCGCUCCUGCCAGGAGGAGCAGAGCCAGCUGGCCGAGUACCUGACAACCCUCGGUGGCUGGAGCAGUCGCCAGCAGCGGCUGCAAGACGAGCUGCAGACGCUGGUGGACCAGAGCAAGAGUGCCCGGGAAGCGGUGCACCGCGAGGAGUCCCGGGUGGAGGGCAGGCAGGAGGAGGUGCGGCAGAAGGAGCAGCAGCUGCACGCCGCGCUACAGUCGCUGCGCACGGCCGCAACACGGCAGGAAGCUUACGAGGUCAUUGAGGACACAGACCUUCUGGUGGAGGAGGACAGUCAGAGAACAGGGGAGUGCCUGGGAGUGUUUCCCGACGUCCACGCCGUCACCUUCGUCACCAGGGUGGGUGUGGCCUCACACUUGUUGUGCUUGCAGGUCACUCUUCUGGCAACGGUGGCAGAGGCAUCGCGCGCAGCCCUGCAGGCCGCCACCGCUGCCGCCGCUGCCACACAGGCAGCCCUGGAGGCAGCGGGCACUGCUACUGCAGCCUCGGGGGACUCCAGCCUCCCAGCAGCCUGGCCCGAGGCCUCCUCCAUCGCGGAUAGGCUGCAGGCCCUGCUGGCGCCGCCCCUGACGGCGGCCCAUCACACCCACAGACCGGCUUCCCGGCUGCUCCGGCAAUUCAGCAAAUCCCGGCUGCUUUUUUCUUCUGGCUGCAUGAUCCCGGCUAAAAGCAGCUGUGAAUUACCCCGUGCCAAGGACCUGCACAGCCUAACACAGCGUGUCAGGGGCCUGGUGGAGGCUGGCCUUGUCUUCGCCGUCCACGACGUGGAGGGACAGACUCGGCAAGCAAGGAUCAGCCUUGAAGACGGCAGCCUUUACCUCCACUCCCUGCAGGCCCAGGCCCUGCCGAACUUCACCGCCACCCUGCAGAUGGGGGAGGUGGUGCCGGCCGUCCCCCCCUGCGAGGUGUUCCUGGACCUGGCGUGGCCCGGCAGCGUGGCGCGGCGGGUGGUGGUGAGUCUACCCAAGGACACCCCCAGGGGCCGGCAGUUCAUGCUGCUGUGCUCUGGCCAGCGGGGCGCCUGCUACGCCAACACCAGGCUGUUUGAGGUGAUGGGUGAGGGACAGCCGGGGGAGUGUGUGCGGGGAGGAGACUACCAGACAGGUGAUGGGAAGGGAGGAGCCGCCCUGCUGCCUCACCUUGACCAGGGUGACUACUGGCUGUCAGGCAAGGCGGGGGCUGUGUCGGGGUGGUGGCUUGAUGAACCUGCCUGUGGUGCUCAGUUCCUCAUCAUCACCCGGGACAUGCAGCGUGGUGAUAGAGUUUGGGUUGUUGUCUUUGGCCAGGUGGUGCGGGGCCUGGAGGUGGUGCAGGAGGCAGCCCGGCACCGCCCCAUUACUGAGGUGACUGUGGUGCAGUGUGGCGUGGUGCUGUCACGGUAGUGCUGCACCACACCACACACCACCACACCACACCACUACCAAUAUUAUUUUUUUUGUCAUUUUUUUUAAGAGGAAAGAAGCAAACACACAUACACACACACACACACACACACACACACACACACACACACACACACACACACACACACACACACACA